UUUACCAGCGCAUGUGUUUCAAAUCCAUCAAAGAAAAGAGGUUAUAACAUAAAAUUAGUUAUUAUCAAGUUUUUAUUUUAUAAUACUUAAGAAUUCGUAUACAAACAUGGGACGUAAAGCGAAAUUUGAUGAAAAUGAUAAAAUCAUUAAGAAAGGUCCUGGGCGUAAAAAUAAGAAACAAAGGGAUCCUGUUUUCGCACAGGAGAAAGAUGGCAAGAUCAGCAAAUCAAAAAGCCAUCGACAAAAACAAAGAGAAAUGAAAAGGCAAUUGAAACAGGCAGUGAAGAAACAGAAUACUUCACAAGAUAAGACUACAGCUAUUAAGAAGAAAUCUGGUGUUAACAAUAAUAUCAUAGCAAAUAAAAAAGACAAAGAUUCUUCAAAGCACCAUAAACUAGUAAAACCACAAAGUGUAACAUCUUCAGAAGAAUCUGAAGAGGAGAUAGUUUUAAAUACCAAAAAGAAGAAUAAUACCAUUAAAGAGUUUUCUGAUUCUAAUAAAACUUGGUUGACGCCCAAAAAGAAAAAAAUUGAAGAAGAAGAUGACGAUGACGAUUCUGAUAAUUCAGAAGUAGAUGAAGCUUCCGAAGAUUCAGAUGAAGAUCAGCAAGAAUCUGACAGUGAUGAUGAAGAAGUUGAUGAUGAUUGCAAAGUUGGGUCAUUAAAUGACGUAGAUGUUGAAAGUGAUGAUGAUGAUUCUGAUGAAAUUGGAGAUGAUUUUGGCAAUAAAGACGAUUCUGAUGAUGAUGACGAAGAUGAUGAAGAAGAUAAUGACAAUGAUGAUGACGAAGAUGAUGAAGAUGAAAUGUUACCAAUAGAAAAAGAAAAUAAGAAGCUCAAAAAACAACAAAAAAGAGAAUUGAAUGAAUCUCAAGCAGAACUUCAAUUAAAUAUUGCUGAUAAAGAGCAUUUUGCUUUUCCUUCUGAAUCUGAGCUAGAGAAGCCUAUUUCAUUGCAAGAUGUGCAGAAACGAAUAAGAGAUAUUGUAAAUCUUCUGACAAAUGAAUCAGAACAUCUAAAAAAAGAUAAGGAGCAUUCCAGGAAGGAUUAUAUGGAGUUAUUGAAGACGGAUUUAUGUUCUUAUUACAGUUAUAAUGAUUUCUUAAUGGAAAAACUGAUGCAACUGUUUCCAUUGAAUGAGUUAUUGGAGUAUUUGGAAGCUAGUGAAGUCCAAAGGCCUUUAACAAUACGUACAAAUAGUUUAAAAACACGUAGAAGAGAUUUGGCACAAGCUUUGAUCAAUCGUGGUGUUAAUUUAGAUCCAGUUGGGAAAUGGACACAGGUUGGUUUAGUUGUAUACAGCUCAACUGUACCUAUAGGAGCAACUCCAGAAUAUCUGGCAGGGCAUUAUAUAAUUCAAGGUGCUUCUAGUUUUCUCCCUGUGAUGGCUUUAGCUCCUCAACCAAAUGAACGAGUUCUUGACCUCUGUGCAGCUCCUGGUGGCAAAUCUUCACACAUAGCUGCAUGUAUGAAAAACACAGGAGUUUUAUUUUCAAAUGACGUUAAUAAAGACCGUGCCAGGGCUAUUUCUGGAAAUUUCCAUCGGCUGGGUAUUGUGAAUAGUGUUAUUUGCUCCUAUGAUGGGCGUAAGUUUACAAAUGUUAUCAAGGGAUUCGAUAGGGCUUUAGUUGAUGCUCCUUGCACCGGCACAGGAGUUGUUGCUAAAGAUCCCAGUGUAAAGACAUCUAAAGAUGAAUUGGAUGUACAAAGAUGUUACAAUAUACAAAGACAGUUGUUGUUAGCUGCUAUUGAUUGUGUUAAUUAUAAAUCAGCGACUGGGGGCUACAUUGUUUAUUCAACUUGUUCAAUACUUCCUGAAGAAAAUGAAUGGGUUAUUGAUUAUGCUUUAAAGAAACGUGAUGUCAAGCUUGUUCCCACAGGUUUAGAAUUUGGAACAGAGGGCUUUGUAAAUUAUAGGCAUCACAGGUUUCAUCCUUCAUUAAAAUUGACAAGGCGUAUCUAUCCUCACACGCAUAAUAUGGAAGGAUUCUUUAUUGCCAAGUUGAAGAAGUUCUCAAAUAUUACACGUAGUGACAAGAAUGAAAAUGAUGCAGAGAGUGAUGAUGAUGAUGAUAGAAAACCAAAUGCCAGUGUGGAAGAAGUAGAGGAGGAAUCAGAGGAUAUGGAAGAAAGUAGUGAACAGGAAAAAAGUCCUACCUCAGUAGGUGUUGGUAAAUUAAAGUCUAAAUUAGCAAAAAAUGUUAAACAAAGUCCUAAAAAUAUUGGCAAAACUGAGAAUAAGAAUAGUAAAAACAAAGCAAAAACCAAUAAUAAAGUAGCUGUAAAUGGUGCUAGUGUAUUGCCCAAAUUAAAAAACAAAACUGUCAGCAAACAAAAAUCAAGGGUUUCACUUGAAACCUCUCCUUCCGAUGAAGAUUCUGAACUCAAAUCAACCAAAUCUGAUACUAAAACAUCAAAAUCUGCAAGUAUAUCACCCAUACCAAAUGUUAUUAAGAAAAAAUCAAAAGGUUUGAAAAAUAUACCAGAUAAAAAUAUAGAUACUCAAGCAAAUAAGACAAAGAAAAAUAAAAUUAAUAAAGAUGAUAGUUCAGAAACCAAAGCAACAACAUCUAUGACGAAAACUUCAAAACCUAAACUCAAUAAAUACAAUUUUCAAAGACAAAGUGAUCAAUUAAACUCUUCAGUUGUAGAUAGUUUUAUAAGCGGUUCACGAAAAUCUGCAGAAGAUUACAUGUUUAGUUGUCUCCCUAAUGAUAUUGUAAUUAAGGAUUUUGAUGAUUCAAAUGAUGUGGAGAGUCAAUUCAAAGUUAAUAACAAACGAAAACAGAGUACUGAUGCAUCAGAUGCAGUUUCAAGCAAGAAGGGGAAAAAGAGUGGUCAGAAGUUUAAUAAGAAAAAUAAAAUUAAGUAAUGUUAAAUUACAUGUAUUGAUCGUUAAUAAAUGAAUAAAAUUAUG